CCACCGCCCCCGCCGGCUCCGUCUGUGUCUCGCGCGAGGGGAGGGGGGGGCAGCUUGGCCCUGCGCACUGAGCGAUGUUUGGCCGCCAUCGCGGCGGAGGAGGAGGAGGCGAAGGAGGCUGAGGGAGCCGCCGCCACUGAGAAGCGAGACUGCCGCCGUCGCCUGGGCCUGCCUCGGCUCGCUCGCUCGCUCGCCCGCCGCCCGGAGUGAAGGUUGCCGCCGCCGCCCAGGGGGCUUCUCCCCAAGCCCUUUCCCUCUCCCCUCCCCCGCCCCUUAGGAAGGGGCUGCGCUCCCGCCGGGCCGAAGAUGUCGAACCUGAGCAAGGGGACGGGCAGCCGGAAGGACACCAAGAUGCGGAUCCGUGCCUUCCCGAUGACCAUGGAUGAAAAAUAUGUCAACAGCAUUUGGGAUCUCCUGAAAAAUGCUAUCCAAGAGAUUCAACGAAAGAACAACAGUGGUCUCAGUUUUGAGGAACUGUAUAGGAAUGCAUAUACCAUGGUAUUACACAAACAUGGAGAGAAACUUUACACUGGACUACGAGAAGUGGUUACAGAGCAUCUUAUAAACAAGGUGCGAGAAGAUGUGUUAAACUCAUUAAAUAACAACUUUCUCCAAACAUUAAACCAAGCAUGGAAUGAUCAUCAGACAGCUAUGGUGAUGAUUAGAGACAUUCUGAUGUAUAUGGACCGUGUAUAUGUACAACAAAAUAAUGUGGAAAAUGUCUACAAUCUGGGAUUAAUUAUCUUUCGAGAUCAAGUUGUACGUUAUGGGUGUAUUAGGGAUCAUCUACGACAGACAUUGUUGGAUAUGAUUGCAAGAGAACGGAAAGGAGAAGUUGUAGACAGAGGAGCAAUAAGAAAUGCUUGCCAGAUGUUAAUGAUUUUAGGCCUUGAAGGAAGAUCAGUCUAUGAAGAAGAUUUUGAAGCUCCUUUCUUAGAGAUGUCAGCAGAAUUUUUUCAGAUGGAAAGCCAGAAAUUUUUAGCAGAAAAUAGUGCUUCAGUUUAUAUAAAGAAAGUAGAAGCUAGAAUUAAUGAAGAAAUAGAACGUGUGAUGCACUGCCUUGAUAAAUCAACUGAGGAGCCAAUUGUAAAAGUUGUUGAGAGGGAGCUUAUUUCCAAGCAUAUGAAAACAAUAGUGGAGAUGGAAAACUCUGGGCUGGUUCAUAUGCUGAAAAAUGGAAAAACUGAAGAUCUUGCUUGUAUGUACAAGUUGUUCAGCCGUGUGCCAAAUGGUUUAAAGACAAUGUGUGAGUGUAUGAGCUCUUACCUGCGGGAACAAGGUAAAGCGCUUGUAUCUGAAGAGGGUGAAGGAAAGAAUCCAGUUGACUAUAUUCAGGGCUUACUUGAUUUGAAGAGUCGGUUUGACCGUUUCCUCCAAGAAUCUUUCAACAAUGAUAGGCUUUUCAAACAAACUAUUGCAGGAGACUUCGAGUAUUUCCUCAACCUCAACUCCAGGUCUCCUGAAUAUCUCUCAUUAUUUAUUGACGACAAGUUGAAAAAAGGUGUCAAAGGAUUAACAGAGCAAGAAGUAGAGACUAUAUUGGAUAAGGCAAUGGUUCUGUUUCGAUUCAUGCAAGAAAAAGAUGUAUUUGAACGAUAUUAUAAGCAGCACUUGGCGAGGAGGCUUCUGACAAACAAAAGUGUUUCAGAUGAUUCGGAGAAAAAUAUGAUAUCUAAGUUAAAGACUGAAUGUGGAUGUCAAUUCACAUCUAAACUGGAAGGAAUGUUCAGAGAUAUGAGCAUCUCAAACACAACAAUGGAUGAAUUUAGGCAACAUCUACAGGCUACAGGGGUCGCAUUAGGUGGUGUUGAUCUGACAGUGCGGGUUCUCACAACAGGCUACUGGCCUACGCAGUCGGCCACACCAAAGUGCAACAUCCCCCCAGCCCCCAGACACGCUUUUGAAAUAUUUAGGAGAUUUUAUUUAGCCAAACACAGUGGACGACAGCUGACACUCCAGCAUCACAUGGGAUCAGCAGACCUCAAUGCCACCUUCUAUGGUCCUGUUAAAAAGGAAGAUGGCUCAGAAGUUGGUGUAGGAGGUGCCCAAGUAACCGGCUCUAACACACGGAAGCACAUAUUGCAAGUCUCCACGUUCCAGAUGACAAUACUAAUGCUCUUUAACAACAGAGAAAAAUACACUUUCGAGGAAAUACAACAAGAGACAGAUAUCCCUGAAAGAGAGCUUGUACGAGCUUUACAGUCCCUUGCGUGUGGAAAACCAACACAACGAGUUCUCACAAAAGAGCCCAAAUCAAAAGAAAUAGAAAAUGGACAUAUAUUUACAGUGAAUGACCAGUUCACGUCAAAACUGCACAGAGUCAAGAUUCAAACAGUUGCUGCCAAACAAGGAGAAUCGGACCCAGAAAGAAAAGAAACAAGACAGAAAGUAGAUGACGACAGAAAACAUGAGAUAGAGGCUGCUAUAGUGCGGAUAAUGAAAUCUAGGAAGAAGAUGCAGCAUAAUGUGCUAGUAGCAGAGGUAACUCAGCAACUGAAGGCACGAUUCCUACCAAGUCCAGUUGUUAUUAAAAAGCGUAUUGAAGGACUUAUUGAGCGAGAAUAUUUGGCACGAACACCUGAGGACCGCAAAGUAUACACUUACGUAGCAUAAAAUGUGUUCCUCACAUAUGAUUUAUUCUUGGACUGUACUCUUCGCAUGAACUGGGAAGUUCUUUUAAAUCAUUAAAUAUUAAGACGACCAUCUCUUCUAUUAAAUUACAAUACAUGUUCUAGACCAUUCAGAUCGAGCCUUUUCUCCUUCGGGGAGUUUUCGACAUCAGAUUGAUUGAGCUUCAAGCUUCUCAGCGUUUAUCCCUGUAGAGAUCAUCCUUACAGUUCCUCGGGAAAAUGUGAAUGUGCCGCGUUUUUGUUUUCAAUACUGUAUGAAAACAGGAAAAAAAUAAAAACAAAUUUAGAAAAUACAGCUCAUUAAAAAAUAAAAUUGUUGGAAUUUCA